CAGUGCCCUUGGAAGCCAGAAGAGAGUAUUGGAUGCCCUGGGAUUAGAGUUACCGAGCAUCUUGUGGUGGUCCCAUUCCCCACCUGUCACAGUGGUGAACAUGGAGGGAGAAUUUCCAUGGACCAGUCUCUGUGAUUUACCACCAGCAUGCAGAGAAACAGGAUCCAGGCUGUCCAUCUCCACCAUUGUAGAUGCUAUGUGUUGCUUAGGCCACAUGGCUGAAGAAACCCUGGGACUCAUAGGAACAAAUAGGAUUAAUGAUGCCCUGGCAAAAAACACUAUGUUCAACAAGAGGAAAAGUGGUGGUCCCAUCCUUGGUGAAAUAUGGGAUGUUCCAAAAACCUAUUCGUUCAAGAGUCCUGCAGGUCCCCCCAGCCUCCCUCCCACCCUAAGGAAGGGAGGGAGUGAAGCUGUCUUGCCCACACCGCUGGCAUCUGAAGACAACAAAGGGCAAGAUGAGAAUGAAGAGAGAUGUAGCAAGAUCUCCUCUAGGUCCAGCUCUCCAGAUUUAUACAAGCUGCUGGAUCUCAGCUGGCCUGGGAAUUCUGCCCCACACUUUCAUGCUGUGCAGGCCUAUAACAUCAAUAGGAAUUCUGAGGAGACAGAGAGAACAACCUGUUCUAGUGACGGUGACACAUCCGAGGAUGACCUCUCCUUCAUGGAGGACACCACUUCUACCUCAGCCCCACAGGAUGAUGGUGUGGAGGCUGAGAUGGAGGAGACUGGCAACACCACCUUGCUCAGUCACCCAUCCUUCAAUACAUUGUUCUUCCUGGAAGACAUCGGCUGUCAACAGAUCCCAGGACCUCAGGAUGAUGCUGAGGUUACCAAUAGCUUCAGCACAUCUAGAGACCUGAAGGAAAUUGACCUACAGUCCAGUGAGAGAGCACAUGAUGCUAUUGACUCUGUGGACUCUCCCCAGAAUGAGAACAUUGAAUAUGAAAACAAGGGAAUAACCCUUGAAGAGUCACCACAUAGAUCUAGCAAGGACCAGCCCCAGGAAGUAGCCAUAACUUCCAAGAAGAAGCAAAGAAGGGGCUGGAAAGGGGUGAGGAGGCAGAUUAGUCACCUGACUUCUAGUUUAUUCUGUUGCCUCCUCACUCCAAAGACAGGAGACACAACCCUCAGGUAA